UUGCAGGGGGUUGUAACUUUUUCAGUGAGCAAAUGUACAUACUCGACAGUCUGGUCCAAGAAACAAUGCUGUAAAAUCCUCAGGAUCAUAGUUCAGUGGAUUACAGUAGAAUAUUGCACUUUCAUCAGAAUGGCUGACAGGAUGUCUGGAGGAGAGGUGGCCUACACAGUGCUGGAGGUGCUGAUCGCUAUUGCCUGCUGUCUGGGCAAUGUGCUAGUGAUCUGGGCAGUGUGGUUGAGCAGCUCUCUAAGGCAGCCCACAUUCUGCUUUUUGGUUUCUCUGGCUGUGGCAGACUUCCUUGUAGGGGCUGUGGCUGUGCCAGCCGCUAUACUGGUAGAUGGAAGAGUGCAGAUCUCAUUCAAUGUCUGUCUCUUCAUAAGCUGUGUGGAAAUUUUGUUGACAUUGGCCUCUGUACUGUUUCUAUUAGCCAUCUCCGUGGACCGAUAUCUACGAGUCUUCAUCCCUCUCAGGUACAAGAGGACAGUAACAGAGAGGAGAUCUUGGGUGGUGGUGGCAAUAUGUUGGUUUGUUGCCUUCAUGUUGAGCUUCCCACCCAUGUUUGGGUGGUACAACCAUGACACCUUGUCUCACUCAGGGAACUCAACCACCAUCAUUUGCCGUUUCCUGGCUGUGAUUCCCAUGUCAUACAUCGUAUACUUCAAUUUCUUCCUCUGCACCCUCACACCGUUGCUUAUCAUGGCUGUCCUAUACUGCUACAUCUUCUGUACGAUCCGGAAGAACCUGAAGGGGAGGACGGGGAGCGGUGCCCAGUCCCACACCUACUUCAGGAAGGAGAGGAGCCUGGCCCGAUCCCUGACUCUGGUCCUGGUGCUCUUCGCCUUUUGCUGGCUCCCUCUGCACUUCAUGAACUGUGUUGCCUACUUUGGUAACCCAUCAAACAUACCCCAACAGGCCUUCUACGUGGGCAUCCUCCUCUCCCAUGGCAAUUCAGCUGUCAACCCGAUCGUGUAUGCCUUCAAGAUCCGCAAGAUCCAGGAAGCGUACCUGAGGAUAUGGAGGAAGUUUGUGUGCCGAGGUGACAACCAGACCACUGAGAUGAACACCAGCAGUAACCCCAGGGUAGGCAGAAAUGACUGAUGGAGGGGAGUUCAUCAUUGUGAGUGAGGGACAGUUAGUGACAUGUAUAGAGUGUGGUAAGAAGUUAUAGUUCCAGGGUAUUAUUCUCAAAUACUUUGAUAAGAGUCAUUGUAGGGAUGCAAAGCAAUUUAGAAUGUGGUCUAUAUCUCAUAUUUGUCUUUAUGUAUUGUAUUAUCAGUAUAAUAUAAGCAUGUGUAGAUCAGGUAGAGCUAAUGUCAAAGUAUUUUACUUUAGCAUUGCUCAACUGCGUUGGCAUAUCACAGCAAAUUGCGUUUGUUGCAAAUGAAACUGAUGAUGAAAAUGGAAAGUGUAGUGGGUGUUUAAUUUCAUUGAUGCAUUUCCUUUGUCUGAAUGCCAUUUCCUCAAUCCAAAAGUUUGUCGUUUCUAUAAUUGUUACCUUCUGUAUAUAUACAGUGCUUUCCCAGAAUUGGAAAUAAGAUGUACUAUCUCAAUGAAGGAGUACUUAUCUAAUGAACUUUUUUUAUGAUUAUGGUUAUGUUUGACCUCUGUCAUUGCCAACAAAGGGUAUAUAACAAAGUAUUGAGAUAAACUUUUGUUAUUGACCAGAUACUUAUUUUCCACCAUAAUUUGCAAAUAAAUUCAUAAAAAAUC